AUGUCUUCUAUGUCGAUUCCUGAACCACAACGACGAUCUAUACCCUGGAUCCUGUGGAUGAUAUGGAAGAAUAGAAACAUGAUCUUAUAUUCUGAUACCCAAGAAUCCCUUAGCCAUCAACUUCAACAAGCCAUUGAGGAAGCUCGACUCUGGCAUGAAGUCAACACUAAUAGUUCUGACACUGAUAUAGAUCAAGGUCUGUUAGGAGCAAAGAAGAAAUGGGAACCUCCUCUCGCGGGUUCUGUCAAGUGUAGCGUCCACUCAAAUUGGCGAAAUGCGGUACUACAUAGUGGGGUAGCCUAUAUUGUCAGAGAUUAUCAAGGUAAUGUGUUACACCAUUCAAGGGAUGCCAUUACGUCUUCGCCAAAUAGACUCACAGCUGAGCUACGUUGCUUGAUAUGGACGCUUCGCAGCAUGAAAGACUUGGGAUACCAAAACUUGGUGGUUGGAUCGGAUUCUAAAGAAGCUAUUGAGGCAGUUAGAACUCCUAAAGACUGGCCUCGGUACCGUUCUGACCUGACUGAGAUCACACACCUUUUAACUCUGUUCCGAUCAGUCACUUUUGAAACAGAGUCGAUGGUCUCGAAUCAGAUAGCUAGAGAGAUUGCACGGAGUGUCCUCCGGGAUGGGCGUUUUAAUUCUUAUUUAGCGCUAGGAGGUCCUCCUUGGUUACAUCAGAGAAUUUUAAGAGAAGCCACAGCUUUUUGCUCAUAGAUCUUGUUUAGGUUGAGCAAUCUGUUUUGUUUUCUCUUCUAAGGUUUUUGCGUUUGCUUUUUGU